AUGGGCAUAUUCCAACGAUCUUCUCGCGCAGCGCCCACAUCUCAGGCAUCGGUGGCUAGACAACAUGGUAUCCAUUGGCCACUUUUCGCUUCCAGCGCCUUGCUCUGCGCUCUUUCAAUCGUCAUUUUCAGUUUGGUCAGUUCCAUGGUAGCAUGGCUGCUGGACCAGAAGCAUCAUGUGCACACAUAUCAAGUGGACUGGCCUGGAAAUCCCACCCAAAUCAAUGUUGAGCCUAAGAAUCUGUGGACCGACCAAGGGCAUGAAAGCAACGGCCUAGCAGUGUAUGGAUUCUUCUUGGGCAUCUUUGGCAUGUUGACGGCAUGGAGGAUGAGGAAGGCUGGCCAGGCCUCAAGAAGCCUUACCGCUCUCACCACCUUGCUGCUGAUCGGUACCAUUUUCAGCCUAUCAGCCUUCAUCUUCGUCUUCGUAGUCACAUACCAGACGACUGGCCAGCGGAUUCGCGAGCCCAUCGCCAUCAACGCAGCCGGCCUCAACUACCCGGCUGAGAAAUGGACACCUGAGACGUGGUUCAGGGCUAUCCUCGAUCUUCCCCUAGCCCAUGGAGCGCAACACGCUCAAAUCAAAAGCAGGGUUAGAAACAUGGAAGCGUGGCGGUGGAUUUUGCUUCCCCUUCUACUUGUGUAUAUAACCGCAUCGUACAUUGUAGUAACGACUUGGUUACGGCAGCGAAGGAGUACGACAGUACGGGCAAGCUCUGCUGGUUCUGUGGAGAAGACAGGAGCUCGAUGA